GGCGCAGAGCGAAGCCCCGCCCUCCACCAGGGACUCAUUGUGCAGCAACUGGAUUGACUCCUUCUCGUCCGCGCGGGCCAGCGGGAUCCGUAUCUCCCCUCCCCCUGCUCAACAAACGAGCACGCUCCCUGUAAGAAGCAGAAACCGACCAGGCCGGCCCUGCGACUACGGCGGCAGCGGCGGAGGGGGUUUGAAACCGUUCGCGUCGGGGCCCUCAACGCCAACAUCACCACUUCCCCCUCCCCCUCUUCUCUUUUCUACUUCUCUUCUCCCCCUCCCCUGCGCGAGCUGGAGAGUCGCCUCGAGGCCUCUCAACUCGGCGCUGCCUCUUGAUUGGCUCUAGCGCUCGAGACUUUUAACUUCUUUUCCUCCUCCUCCUCUUCCAGAAGAGCGCGCGCAAGCUUCGAGGGCUAAGCGGCCAAUAGGAGCGCGCCUCGCUUCUCAGGGGUCCGGUCGGGUCCAGGCCCCGCGCUCUUCUUUUAUUUUUCUUCUUUUCCCUCGCGCGCGCACGCAGAGGCGAAGCGUGAGCGAGCGCGGUGGGAGUGGAUUUCUUUUUCUUCUCCCCCCCCCAUCUCUGGUCUUCACCCCUCCCCGCGACUGCCGGCCUGCCUGCCAGUUUCCCCUUCCGGGCCAACAAGAGCGGCGGCUGAAGCGCUACCGAGGCGGCCGCGCGCGCCUUCACCGGUUUGUCGUUUCCUCCCCGCCGCCUUCCGUUCCUUUUUUCCUCCCUCCGCCUCAGGCUGCGCAAAAGCCGGAGCGCGUGCGUGCGGGAUCGCGCGCGCUAGGAGGCUUGGCCCUUCGGCGCUCCCUUAUUCCUACUCCCGCUCAACAGCCUCGCGCGCGUGCUGUGGGGGGGGGCGCGCGUUUUUGUAUUUUGAGCCCGCGGUGUCCGGCUCUGUCUCGCCGCCACCGCCAUGUUGAAGCAGCCGCUGCCGCCACCCUCUCCUCAGCCUGCUUCUCCCGCCUCGGGCCCUCCGCCGCCCACCACGCCGACGCCGCCUCCCCCGGCCGUAGCAGCUGCCACCGCAGCCAUCGUCGCCGCCUCCCGCAAGACCAACCCGCCCAGCCCCAACGGUAGCCUCAGCCCCGGGGCCGCGGGUGGAGCCCGAGCCGCAGCGGUGGCGCCCCCCGGCAGUGGCGGGGGAGGUCCCCCCGGAGGAAGCGGCACCAGGGGCCAGAGCACAGGCAAAGGACCUCCACAGUCUUCUGUCUUUGAGGGUGUCUAUAACAAUUCUCGAAUGCUGCACUUCCUGACAGCAGUUGUGGGCUCCACAUGUGAUGUGAAGGUGAAAAGUGGAAGUACCUAUGAAGGGAUUUUUAAAACCCUGAGCUCCAAGUUUGAAGUGGCUGUGGAUGCUGUGCACAAGAAGGUGCCUGACCAGUCAGUGGGGCCCAGAAGGGAAGAUAUUGUAGACACUAUGGUCUUCAAACCUUCUGAUGUCAUGCUGGUGCACUUCCACAAUGUUGACUUCAACUAUGCCACCAAAGAUAAGUUCACAGAUUCUGCCAUUGCCAUGAAUUCCAAGGUGAAUGGGGAGCACAAGGAGAAGGUGCUACAACGCUGGGAAGGGGGAGAUAGCAACAGUGAUGAUUAUGACUUGGACUCUGACAUAUCUAAUGGCUGGGAUCCAAAUGAGAUGUUCAAGUUCAAUGAAGAAAACUAUGGUGUGAAGACCACCUAUGACAGCAGUCUCUCCUCUUACACGGUACCUCUUGAAAAGGAUAACUCAGAGGAGUUCCGGCAGCGGGAGGCCCGGGCUGCCCAGCUGGCUCGGGAGAUAGAGUCAAGCCCACAGUACCGACUGCGCAUCGCCAUGGAGAAUGACGAUGGGCGCACAGAAGAGGAAAAGCACAGCUCUGUACAAAGACAGGUGUCAGGGAGGGACAGCCCCAGCCUGGCAUCCAGAGAGGGCAAGUACAUACCACUUCCCCAGCGUGUCAGAGAAGGCUCACGAGGAGGUGUUCGCUGCAGCAGCUCCCGUGGUGGGAGACCAGGCAUGGGCUCUUUACCACCCCGUGGAAGUGCACAUCAUCUGGAUAGCAACACGGGCUCCAUUCCAGAGCAACGAGGCAUCAAUGGAGGUCCAUCCAGAAUGUCUCCAAAGUCUCAGCGUCCCCUUCGAGUGGCUAAGAGCAUGUCUUCCCCCUCCAGCCGCCCCAUGGAAGUCUCUGCUGCAUCGCCUACAGCAGGCCGUCUUUAUGCUCAACGUUCUCCAAAGUCUGCUGCAGCUGUGCCAGUCUCCUCCCAGGAUCCCCCAGUGGGAUCAGCUGUUCCUGCAGCUCCUGCAUCACCCUCUGAAUCAAGACCUACCAUGGAGUCCAGUGCUUCCCCAACCCCACCUUCGCCUAAGGUUCCAGCAUCUGCCCCUGUAGUUGCUGUAGAGGUUAAAGAGGUGCCUAGCUCUGCCACCAAAGAACCUAGCAGGACCUUGGAGGUGAUGGGGCCCUCAGACCUGGUUAAGCAAGCCAGCAAAGGACUCCAAAAUGAACAGAAGAGGAAUCAGCUGGAGGAGCUGCGCAAGUUUGGCGCUCAGUUCAAGCUGCAGCCCAGUUCCUCCCCAGAGGCCGCACUGGACCCUUUCCGGUCCAAGGAGCCUCUUGAAGGAAAGGUGAAGGACAAGCCUCCAGAGGCAUUGGUAGGGGGAGGAGGCACGUGUGAAGUACCUGAGGAAUCCCUCAAGCCCAGCCUAGAGCUGUCCGAGGGCAACAGUAAGGAGGAGAAAGGGCCCUGUGAAGGCAUGGAACGUCAGACCCAGACUGCCAGCCCUCUGGGCAAAGGUGACACAGAUGACAAAGAGGAUGGCCCUGUCUCAGAACAGGUGAAGAAGUCGACACUGAACCCUAACGCGAAGGAAUUCAACCCCUCAAAGACUCUCCUGUCUGUGAACAAGUCGACAAGUACGCCCACAUCGCCAGGACCCCGCACCCAUGCGACACCCUCCAUCCCCGUGAUCACACCAGGGCAAAGCGGCAUGUACAGCACACAGUACAUCUCCUACAUCCCGCAGAUCCACAUGAGCCCAGCCGUACAGGCACCCCAGAUGUACCCUUACCCAGUUUCCAACUCUGUGCCUGGACAGCAGGGCAAAUAUCGAGGAGCCAAAGGCUCUCUGCCCCCACAGCGUUCGGACCAACACCAGCCAACUUCAGCGCCUCCCAUUAUGCAGGCGGCGGCAGCUGCAGGACCUCCUCUGGUGGCUGCCACUCCUUAUUCCUCGUACAUCUCCUACAACCCUCAGCAGUUCACAGGGCAGCCCACCAUGAUGCAGCCCAUGGCGCACUACCCCUCGCAGCCGGUCUUUGCUCCCAUGCUGCAAAGCAAUCCACGUAUGAUGACGUCUGGCAGCCACCCCCAGGCCAUUGUCUCAUCGUCCACUUCCCAGUACCCCCCAGCAGAGCAGCCGACGCCCCAGACUCUCUAUGCCACAGUGCAUCAGUCGUAUCCACACCAUGCCACACAGCUGCAUCCGCAUCAGCCUCAACCAGCUACCACACCCACGGGCAACCAGCAGCAAGCGCAACAUGCCGCCCCCAGCCCUGUGCAGCACCAGGCUGGACAGCCACCUCAUUUGGCCAGUGCCCAGCAGCAGCAGAACCUGUACCACACAGCUACACUGACAGCUACACCACCCUCCCUAACGCCAGGGCCCAGUGCUCAGUCUCCGCAAAGCAGCUUUCCCCAACAAGCCGUCUAUGCCAUCCAUGCCCACCAGCAGCUGCAGCACGGCUACACCAAUAUGGCCCAUGUCACCCAGGCCCAUGUCCAGACUGGAAUUGCAGCUGCCCCACCACCUCACCCUGGAGCUCCACAGGUCAUGCUGCUGCAUCCCCCGCAGACCCAUGGUGGACCCCCCCAGGGAGGUGUGCCCCAGAGUGGUGUACCCACCCUCUCAGCAUCCACACCCUCCCCCUACACUUAUUUAGGGCACCACCAAGUUCAGUCUCAUCCCUCCCAGCAACUUCAAUUCCACCCCCCUGGGAACUGAUGUCGACGAUUCUUCCUGUGACAUGAGAAUCAUAGCCAGCCUUGGCUCUGUUGCUGGCCCCAAGCCUGGGUCCGCCCUCAUGCCCAUGGCAGAGACCCCUGGAGGGGUGUAGUCUGGCCCGAUCCGGACUCCCCUCGCCAAGCACCUUCCUUUCCGUUGGUUUAGUGAAGCCCGCACCGGGCGCUGUCAGCCAGCGGGACGGAGCAGGGCCCCUUCCCCUUGCCCGGAGAAGGGCAGGGUUACUUUUCUGUUAUUUAUGACUCCAAAUGGGCUCCUAGAGCAAACGCCACUUUCCCACAUUAACUUGACAAGGACAUGACCAUAUGGACAAACCUUGACUUUUUAUUAAGUAAAAAUAUUUAAAAAGUUAAAAAAAAAACCAAUAAAAUUUUAAACUAACUAAUGUUGGGCUUGGGUGACUGUGUGGAGGGGAAGACCAAUUUCUAACCAGUAAUCCUUGUUGGAUGGGGGUGGGGUGUUGGGUGGUUCCCAGAACAUCUCUCAUCCAGACUUGAGAGACUCUUUGCAAGGAAAGGUUAAUGGAUUGACAGCCCAUUCAUCUUCAUUCCCCCUGCCCUCCUCCCUCUGGAAAUGGCUAAUCUCCAAGGGGUGGCAAUAGAAGAGACCCUAAAGCAGUACGUCUCAGUGCUGGGAUCACUAAUGUGAAAGCAGUACACACCAUGGCCAGUGUUACUUUUUACCUGAAUAAUACAUGUUUAAUUGUUUUUUACUGGAA